AUGAAAUUCAACAAAAGAUGUCUGACUGCAUUUUCUGAAGAGAAGCCAUUUAUGGCUAUGGGAACGAAAAGCAAGCUAUUUGACACAUCAUUUUCCCUGACCUCCGAGUUGUUUCUGUAUGACUAUAGCCUGGGAAUUCAAUAUCCUUCCUUGCAAACAGACAACAAAUUCUACAAGCUCAAGUGGUGUAACUGGAAUGAUGGGGAAAUCCUAGCAACAGGAAACGAAGACGGAAAGGUGACGCUAUAUGCACCAUCACCUGAGAAAAAUGCCUCCUUCGAGCUUCUAUCUAGCUGCAGUGUUCUUGAAGGGGAUGUGCUGGGGCUAGAUUUUAACUCAUCAAAGGGAGUUCUUGCAGCGGGGUCUUCCAAUGGAAAGAUUAUAUUUUGGAACCUGAACAAACUUGAUAGCCAGUAUACAAGCGACAUUCCACUUACCUCGAAUAUAACCUGCCUGUCGUGGAACAAGAAAGUGUCCAGAAUUUUGUGUGCUGGCACAGAUGACGGAAAGAUACUUAUUUUGGACAUCAGAGCUAAGAAUGUAGCGAUGACCCUCGGGGGGGAUGAAAUAAAGUUUGUAUCUGACGUGAUGUGGCAUCCAAAUGGAUCAACAUCAAUUUUGGCUGCAACAAACCUGAAAGGGCUUCAAUGCUUUAAUCUCAGCUCGGAUAGCACAUCACAAAUAGGGGAGCAUGGAAAUGGAUUGAUAAAACUAUCUGUGAUAGAUAAGGGCCACAUAGCCGCAUCUUCCAAGGACCAGAUCGAUAUAAUAGAAAUAGGAGACAACAAGGUUGUUGACUCGAUCGCAGUUGAUGGCAUAUUUGAAGUAAGCUUUUCAAAAAGGGAUCCACUGAUGACACUCUCAUAUGUUGGAGGAACUACGGAAAUUCUGCCUCGGAUAACAACUGACAUUCUACCAGUGAAUCCUGGAUGCAUAGUUGGAAAUAAUGUCAUUGGAAAAGAUAUGUACGAGAUUGAGUAUGAGGGAAUGAAAGAUAUCGAGGAAGAUGCAUUUAUUGGGAAGAUCAAAAAGCUUCUCUAUCCGGAUGGAAGCUACAACAUCGAUAGAAAGGGGUUAGGAGAGCUUCUGUUGGGUGAGGCCAUAGGAAAAGAAAACUCCGAGAAUUCUGAUACAGCAGAGAGACUAAGCGAAAAGAUGUCCAAUAUGGACUUGGGGCAGAGGCUCGAUCUCAAUGAUCCUUUAACGCUGGCUCUAAUGAAAGGAGAUCUUGAGGACGCCUAUUCUGAGUCUACGAAAAGCAGCAAAACGAUACCUUUUUUUCAAUUUCUGGCUUUGGCUAAGGGAAAUGGGUCCCUGCCCUUUGAUUCCGAUGAUCCACUGAUCCUUUUGUCCACUGCACAGAUUACAUCAACGUAUACGCAUCUAUUAGAAAAGAUAUCCAUUUCUCAAUGGCUAGCUCUUCUUUCGAUAAUAAGUUUUUCUCCACUGUCCGAUGAAGAGUUUUUUUCAAACGCUAUGGAGUUAUCUAAUAGGCUUGGCGACAAGGAGAAGCUUCUUGUAUAUGCCAUGACUAAUAAUCUGGAAAAGUAUUUCAAGCUAAAAGAGUCAAUGUAUCAAACACCCACAAGUGUUUAUGGUGUGCGAGACUUCUUCCAGGAGUACAAGGGGAUGAUAGUAGAUUUAGAGUCGAUGGGUGGCUUUUACAAGAGUCCUAUGAUUUCUGAGUAUUUUUGGUAUUCAUCGGCCCGUGGAGAAAUUCCUGUUAGGAUCAAAUACGAAGAUUUAGGUAUCAAUAUUUAUCUUGGAAAAGCAAGCAGCAACGUGGUUUCUGUUAACAAGCUGGGAUCUCCUGCUAUCAGGGAUAUCCAGAAUAGGUCCAAGCCGUUGGAAGUCCCUAAGAGAUCCCCAACUUUGGAGCCACAGAGACACCAGAAUUCCAGCAUCAUAGGAAAACAUCCAACACCAUCUAUCAAGCCUAAUGGUGUUAUAUCAAGGCCCCCAUCACUUUCUGAACAGAACGAAAGUAAUUCUAGAUCGCCCAGGCCUCUAAGCAAGCCAAGUAUUCCCGGUGUAAAUAGCAGCUUCGCUCAUAAAAGUACGGUGCAGUCACCGCCAUCAUCUAUGAUUCAUCAGCAAAUCCCAAAGCCAGUUAGCCCUAGUUUAGGAUCUUCGAGAUUGUCUCACUCCUCUAUUCAUCAGGAAAGCCAGCAAAAGAUGUACAUUCCUAGGCCAGGAUAUAGAACUGUGCCUAACACGCCUGCAUAUAGCUCGGGGCCAAAACUCAGCUCUUCGAAAACAUAUAGUUCGAUGCCGGACAUUUCAAGCCUUUCUAGCAGUGCAACACCAGUCUCAACAUACGGCAUGAUGUCUCGUGGGUCGCAUGGAGGCUCAUCUCAAGCAACCACAUCAAAGCCAUACAUACCUAGACCGGGGAUGUCUUCUAGCCCCCUACUCACUCCUCAGGACCAACAGCAGAAGACUACCAUUCCAACUGCAGGGCCCCAAGUAAGAGAGGAUAUACAGACAACUCCUCAAGUUCUAGACAACAGUCCUCAGAAGACAAUGGACAGCCUGAAUCCAGAAGAGAUACUUGUCACUUUCGAAGACAUCACUAAGAAACUGAUAGAAAGGGCAUCAGCCAAGGCAAAUCUAAUAGUUAGGAAUAAGCUCAAAGAGGUUACAAAAAGGCUUUCCAUAUACAAUAGCGUUGCAAAAGAUACUUUUAGUCCUCUAAUUCUGAAGGGAAUCGACCGGAUAAACAAUGAAAUCAAAAAUGAUGAGGACAGCGAUGGAAUGAAGCAGAGGAUUAGGGAGAUAAUUCUUGAAUGCACCGAGACAGGAGAAAACAGAGCAGACCUAUGGAUGCCCAGUGUAUACACUCUUCUACAGAUGGUCUACCAUUAG